AUGCCGGGAUUAAGGACACUGUAUGCUUUAACCGCUACCCAGGUGCAUGAAUUGGUUAAGAAUAACACCAUUACUACCGAGGAAUACGUUCGGUCUCUCUUGGGCCGCAUUAAGGAGAGGGACAGCACGGUGAAGGCGUGGGCGUAUCUCGAUCCGGAGUUUGUCCUGAACCAAGCUCGAGCUCUUAACCAGAUUCCCCAUGAUCAGAGAGGGCCUUUGCACGGAGUGGCAGUAGGCAUCAAAGAUGUGAUGAAUACCAAAGAUAUGCCGACUCAAUUUGGGUCUCAACUGUACCAAGGACAUCAGCCAGGCUUUGAUUCAUCAGCUGUCGGCAUCUUACGAGCUGCUGGAGCUCUUAUCUUCGGCAAAACAACCACGACAGAAUUCACCGUAGCUAACUCGGGACCCAAUACCACGAACCCUCAUGAUCCGAAUCGCACCCCGGGCGGCUCCUCUUGCGGGUCAGCUGCAGCAGUAGCCGAUCUGCAAGUACCGCUCAGUCUUGGAGUGCAGACUGGUGGUAGUGUUAUUCGCCCAGCAUCUUACACUGGAAUCUUCGCCUUGAAACCUACCUACAAUGCGGUCUCAACUGAAGGCACAAAGACCUUCUCCGCCACCUUUGAUACGAUCGGCUUCUUUGCCCGCAGUAUCGAAGAUCUUCAGCUAGUAGCAGAUGUCUUUGCAAUCAAUGACGAUGAGCCUCCUAGAGACGUUAUGCUGAAAGACGCCUCAGUUGCUUUGAUCAAGACUCCAAUGUGGCAACAGGCAGGACCUGGCACAGUGGCUGCUUUAAAAAACGCUGUCACCAUUCUUCAAAAGAGCGGCGUAAGAGUCGAAGAGAUCUCCUUCCCAACGGAAAUCGGUGAUGGCGAUGGCGAAGCACUGAAGCGGACGCUGAAAUUGACUACUAGUGGUGAGGCUGGACCAGCGUUUCUUAGGGAAUAUCGUGUGGACAAGACAAAGAUAGCUCUCGACAAAUUAGCUAGCAUGCGGGCCUUCGUGGACACGAUAGCCGCAAAUUACUCGGCCAUUAUUACACCUAGCGCCAUUGACGAGGCUCCGGAAGGGCUUGACGAUAUGGGCAGCCCGAUUUUCAAUACUCUCUGGACCGGAUUUCAUGUGCCUGUUAUUAACAUGCCCGCAUUUACCGGAGCCCCUGGGAUGCCUAUCGGCAUAUCUCUCGUAGCAGGUAGAUUCUGCGAUCAACACCUUUUGAGAAUCAGCAAAGCCCUCGGUAAGCCUCUUAUGGCCGAAGGCGGCUGGAAGGUAAAGCUCUAGGUGUGCUGGUAACAAGGGGACGCUCGUUCCAAGUUUCGAUAGUCAUACCUCCAUGAAGAUUGUCACAUGUGUUGGAAGUAGCUUGCCUUGGCAAGCUAGUGUUCCAAACAUAAGAGAAUUAGGCCUAGUAUAGGUCACGGGCUGUAUAUAUGGAUUACCUCAC